AGAUUAAUACCAAUAAUUUUUGUCCGCUUUGUAGUCAUAUUUUUCCCAUAAUCCAGAAAUGUCAUGAAACUUGUUUAUUUACUUCGUCACUCGUAAAUUUGGUAAAUUUCAAGAUAAAUUCUAUCACAGUGGCAUAUAACUGUACUGUAGGACCCACUAGAGCCUUAACAAUACUUUAAUAAUGGCUACCAAUCCCAAGGAUUCAAAAUCACCCACCAAAUUGGCGCUGCCAUCUACCUCCGCUCAAGCACUGGCCACAACCACUGAUAAAUCAGCAGAAAUUACAAUUGCUCUACCGGAGAACUGGACCAAAAUUGCUUCCAAAAAACGUCCGGGUAUGCAUUAUUACUUUAACAUCAAAACGAAAGAAAGCCUAUGGGAACAUCCUGGCCAAAGCAAAGCGCUAGAACUAGAGCAAAAGAUUAUCCGAAAUGUCCCAAAGGCGCCAAUAAAACCGAACAAGCCUUCGGAACGCAGUGACAAAAUGCGAAGCUCGGAAAAAGUGAUUCAGUUAAAGAAUGACACCCAGUUCAAGAAGAGAAACACGGCAAAGUCUAGGUUGGAAGCCCUGCAGAAGCAACUCGAAAUUGAACGGAAGCAAAAUGCCGAAAAAAAUAAGAUCCAAACUGAAAAGAAGAAAAGUCCGGAGAAAAAAGUCGAACCUAAGAAAGUGGACGCUAGUUUAUCUCCAAGACCACGAAAACGAGCGGAAGCUGCCGAGAAAGUAUCAGUGUCACCGAAGACAAUCAUUACAAAAAAAUCCUCCCGUGAUAGUCCUAAGGUUAGCCCGAGAAGCAAAGUGAUUGCGAGGAAUCAUUCCCCAAAGGUUGUUGAUAAUAAAAGAAAAGCUGCGAACCUGCUAGCGGAAGCGAAGGAAGAUUCGCUCAAGGAUGCGAAGAAACCGACUAGCAGCUUGAAAAUGUUCAAAAUCCCGAAAAAACCACCUGAUCAACCAGUCAAGUCCCCACUUUCGGUCGUCGCACGAAAGCCGGAGGAGCCCAAGGUGAUCCCAUUGAACGAAAUGAGGGACAAUAUACCUAGCCAACUUAAGACUGAUUAUACUACAAAGUUACCUCGAAAAUUGGAUACUCCAGUGCGAGAUCCACUGAUUCCAAUUAUUCCACCGACCAUUCCAAUGCCAUCCGUUCGUAAUGUGUUACUGGAAGCUAUCGAGCGUCUACCUUCACCGGUAGUGCAAUCCCCAGUGGCACGAUCUGAACCACCAAAGUACACCUCCACGCCUAAACUUGAAACCCGUUCUCCGGCAAAUGAGAGACUAUCGAAAAUUCGAACCGAAUUAGCUGAGGAAGUGAUACUGCAAACAUCGGUACUUGGUGAAGAUACUGAAAUGACCGAUCUGAGUGAACUUUCUAUCCCGUCCGAUGGAAGCUUCGCGGAAGAGAUGGAUUGGGAAGACAUUCCUGAGGAACUAGCGGUACAGAAAGUUGUCGCUGUUCGACAGAAGCUGGAUUUCCAAACCUCUCCUUUACCCGAGAAGUGUUCGAACACAAGUAUUCCCCAAUUCCAGCUACCUUUGUUCGAUAGUAUCAACUACCGGAGAUUCUUUUUCAUGGUACUUGAUACCAACAUCUUUCUGUCUCAUCUGAAGGGGUUGGAAAGAAUGCUACAAAAAGGGUUUCCACAUAUUGGUCAACCUAUCCUACUAAUUCCGUACAUUGUCCUGCAAGAGCUGGACCGAAUCAAACAUCGAACGCAGGACCCUCUGCUCAGUCAAGCCGCAUCACAUUCGAUCCGUUUUCUCAACGAAAAGCUCCGCCAGCGGGAUCCUCGUGUCAAAGGCCAAUCCACACUGGAAGCCGCGCAUCGAUUGAUCGAAAUCGCAAACCCAGACGACAACAUCGUCAACUGCUGUCUCCAGGUGAAACAGGCAAUAGCCGGGCUACCAACUGAACUGAUGCUCCUGUCGAAUGAUAUCAACCUGCGGAACAAGCUGCUGGUUAAUGGAGUACAGGCAUUUUCGUUCACCGAGCUGACGGCUGAAGCGGAUCGGAUUCGGUUUACCUCGGACGACGGUACUGGUACCGCCGAUUCGAUUAGGAGCUGAUGUAGGGCCGGUGGAUCCGGCCAAACAGGUAAUCGCGUCGUAAGGCUAGGUAUACAUCUAGGAGGUGGAGCGUGAUAUUAAAUGAACUGUUAAAGCGAAGGAUUCUUUGUUAAUAAAUGAAAUAUAUUUUUGUUUUUAUUUGA